AUGCAGAUCUCCAGAGAGCCUGAUAACAAUCCAUGCCUACAACACCUAAAGGUUCCCCUUCGCCCUCCUCAUUCGUGUCUGCAGGACCUCACCCUUCCACCCCAUCAUCCACAAUCCCCUUUAUCCCACCAAAAUAGUCCCUCCCCCGCCAUGUUGUCCGAUCUCUUGUCCCCGAUUUUGUCCCCCGGAGUCAUGUCCGGAGACUACAUUGGGGUGGAGAGCUGUGUAGACGUCCUCAGGGAUGAAGACGUGCCUCACUGCGAUUACAACCAAAAAAACUGCUACCGUCGGAAGGUGGAGGACAAGAGAGAGGAAAAGAGACUGGCGAUGAUGAAGAGGAAGGAGAUUCCUCCUCCGAUUCCGAUGCUGGCGCGCACGGAGAACCUCCCCUCCCACAUGCCGUGGGUUUUAAAGAGGCAUUACACGUCCGAUGGGAGGUUGAUUUUGACAGAGGAGAAAGUCAGGCAUCAUGAGUACUUUAGGGCUCACAGAUCCAAUGGCCGGCUGACCUUGCAGCUUGUUCCUCUCGAUGACGAGGUGUUGGCUCCGCCUUUCAUUGCUAAUCAGAAGGACGAUGUGGAUGAGGCAGUUACUGCUUGUGAUGAUGACGACAACCAAGAAAUUGAGGAUAAUUAUUCUUACGAAAAUGACGAUGGAAAUGGUGGGGGUGAGGAAGAGGAAGAUCUAAGGGAGAAAGAGGAGGAGGAUGAAGAUGCUGAUGGGGUUGAUGAUUUGCAGUUUCAUGAUGGUGGGCCUGAAGAGCCAAUUUCGACAUUGAAGUGUUUCAAUUACAACAGUGUGGGAACAGGUUCCCCGUGUAUUUUCGGGGUGCCAGUGCCGGCGAUCAGGCAAGUUCAUAGUUGA